AUGACCGCAGCACAUUGUCUCACAAUGGCAAAGCGGCGGUCACUGCCGAUGGCCGUCGGUUAUCGCGGAGUAGAGCUCUACCGUGUGACUGGCCAUAUCACCUCCACUAGCUAUAAUCCUCAAUCUCAUUGGUAUCGAAUAGCGAAAGAAGAUUGGGCGUUCUUGUUACUUGAGGAGGCUUUCGGAAAGAAGUUCACCGGCGAGAUCCCGGAACUAUGGAUGGAUGGAUUCGAAACAGAAAAAUGUUUCCUUAUGGGUUAUGGGACGACAGAGGACCCGGCCUACCAGCCAUUCCCACCCAUCCAAAAAAUGGCUGCGAUAAUGGAACAAAGAAACGAUGCGAACUAUUCGACGAUUGUAAUCGAAAGGACCGAAAAUGAAGCAGCCGCUUGUCAGGGCGACUCUGGAAGCCCGAUUCUUUGCAUAAUCAAUGGAACGUUCAAAGCGGUGGGGCUGAUGAUUGGUGGGACUAAACGGAGCACGGGGACCGGCAAUGCUUGCCCGCACAUCCUGAGAAAUGCUUAUGUUCCGUUCCGCGCGCUGCUCAACCUCACCGAUGCGAUGAACCCGACAACCAUGGCCUUACAAAGGACAGGCUGGCUAUCCCAAGUCAUAGAAGAGCAGAAUAAACAUCGACUACCAAUUCAA